AUAGCCCGCCGAUUUGGGCGUUUGCGCUACUUUCCUUACUAUUAGAAUAAACGAACAUGUAAUGAAGCAUGGGCCGGAAAAGUGCCACUCUGCCUUGUACACCAAGGCGUUCUACUCGACAAGUUAGGUCAACUUAUGAAGACCAAACGGCUCCUGAAAAUAAGAAGUCAGUCAGUCGAACUAAAAAGAGAUGUCAGUUGACCACAACCGAGAAAAGUCCCUCCAGUAACAAAGAUGAACAUCUAUCUGUUUUGAAUAAGCAUACAAAAAGACGUAGUAAACGAAUUAGUUCAUCAGUAGGAACACAGAAGUCAAGUCUUAAAGAAACAUUGGGCUUGGAGAAAGAAAGUGAAUUGUUAGAAGACGAUAAAAAGUUAUUGACAGAUAGCCACUUUCAAGAUGAGUGUAGUGUCAGCGAUUCAAGUGAUUUUGUAUCCCAGUGCUCAAGUGUCGAAAGACCUAAAAACAAGAAAAAAGGCAAUUUGUGCUUGUUUUCACAAUUCAAACCUAAGAAUGUGGCUAAAAAAUUAAUUAAACCAUCGAAAAACGUUAAUGUAGUUGAAAAUCUUCAAAGUGUUGUAGAUAAUGAUUCAGACGAUGAAACAGAAUGGGUUGAAGUGAAUGACGAACUAACUAAUGAAGUAGAUUUCAUGCAUAACCUUUUAAAUUCCAGUUCGAAUACUGUACCUUGCGAAGAUGGAGAAAAGAAACCUGCAUCACUAACUGUAGCCAUCCCUUUUGAUAGUCUCGCUAAAAAACGUUCGAAACAAGAUCCAAAACUUCUCGAGUUACUUGCACUAAAACGUAAACUAAAAGAACAUUACACAUUGAUGCAUUCAGUUCAUGUGUUAUGUUUUCUCGCUCAUAGUCGUGUGGUAAAUCGAACUUGUGACAGUUCCUUAUGCCGGGCGUUAGGUAUUUCACUUUUGGCUAAUACAAACGCAGUGUACAAUCAAAAAACAAAACAGUUUGCCAGAUUAUCAUUAUGGUCAAUUGAACAUGUAGAAGCAUGUCUUGUUUCAUUGUUGUCAUAUCAAGGAAUACAAAUAUGUACUGAUAAGAAUUCAUGCGGGGAUUAUGAAUACCAACUUGUUCAUCGUCUAUUAGAGUCCAAAUCAACUGAAGGUGAUUGUCUCAUACUACUUGUUGCAGCCCUUCGUUCGCUUGGAUUCGAUGUACGAAUAAUCCUUGGUCUUAACCCAAUACCUUUAUCACCUAGUGAAUCAGCGACUAAAAUCCUUACGUCUACAACUAAAGAAACUAAAAGUCCCAAUAAAGGAAAACAUAAUCGAAAAAUCAUUUCUUCAGAUGAAGAAAGCAUAUUUGAUACCGAUUUCGAUCACCAUUGUGAUGAUGAGAAUUCAAAAUCCAGCAUUACUCUAUUUGCUGAAGUGUUUCUACCGAAAUUGAAUCGUUGGGUGUGUAUUGAUCCAUCAUCGCCUACAGGUGUUGUGGAUAAAGUGAAUUUCAAACAUGGAUCUUUAUAUGUUGUCGGUGCUUGUUCUGUACGAUCAACUAGUCUUGAGUUAGUAUCUUAUGUUGGUAGAAAUCCAGUUGAUAUGUCUCCUCGUUAUGUUCAGGAUUGGUGUGUUUCUGCUCGUACUCAUCGCAUUCCUGCUGAGAAAUGGAGUAGUUUUCUUGAUAUACAAAGUAGAUUUUUUGAUAAAGAUGCUGUUGAAUAUGAUGCUUUAGUUUCUAAGUCGGAUACACUCCCAACUUUCCAACGAGAUAGUAAAGAUAAAGAUUCUAUUCAAGAAAAGCUUUUAUCUGAACCUUUACCCAAACGCAUGCAAGACUUUAAGAAUCAUCCAUUGUACGUUCUCCAACGCCAUUUACUUAAAUUUCAAGUUAUUUAUCCACCUGAUUCAAUCCCUUUGGGAUAUUUUCGUAAUGAACCGGUUUAUUCUCGUGAUUGUCUUCAUCUUUGUCAUACCAGAGAAUCAUGGUUAAAAGAGGCUAUGACUGUUCGUCUUCAUGAAAAACCUGCAAAAGUUGUUAAAGCUCGUUUAUCAAUGAAACGUAAGUUGUUACAAGGUUCUGAUUCUACACCUCCAACUGUUGAAAUAUUCGGUCCAUGGCAAGUGGAACCGUAUAUACCACCGAAAGCUGAAAAUGGUAUUGUCCCACGUAAUGCACAUGGAAAUGUUGACUUGUUUAAACCUUGCAUGCUCCCCAUAGGCUGUGCACACUUAUGUCUUUCUGGUAUGUUCUAUAUGGCUCUCUUUUUUAUCAUGUUUGAUUUAAUCUCUAUCGAAAGUAGUACGGAAUAAUUAAUCUACAUUGUGUAGGCUUUUUUAACCUAUCCAGAUUACAUUAUAUUGUGAUUUUUGCCUCCAAAUGCCCUGGUACGCCCGAGAGUGGGGAGAGUCCACUCUCCCUAUCGAAAUGCUCUCACAUGGCCACGCGUAUAUAGCCUCUGCCAGUGAAGUCCUACUCACUGCCUUCUCGUGGCGCGGUGUUGUAUACGAAAUUGAGAGGACGAAAAGCGAAUGUCCGGCGCUUUAACCGGAUUGGUGGACACGGAGGGUCCACCUAGGGGAGUUGGAAAACCCUGAUUCCAAACCAAUAGUGCACAUGGGCUGGCUCCAGUAUCCUGAGUGAACAAAUGGGGUAUGAAUCAAUCGUUGGUCACCGGCUACCAUUGGACUGCAUCUCCUCACGAUGCUCCACUGCCUUGUGGAUCAGAUGUUUAGAUGAAAGGCUCCGGGUGUGGUCCCCUAAGAAAACCACCUGUUUCGGUUUGGGCACCUGAGCAGUAUCACAGCCCUCACACAAAUCGAAUGAAAUUUGUGCGACGCAUGGGUAUCUGGUUCCCCUUUGUACAAAUAUUUAUGUGUUCAAAUAAAUAAAUAAAUGUUGUGAUUCAUUUUAUUUUAAAGAGUUAUUAUGAUAAAAAAGUGUUCGAUACAACAGAACACUAAAAAAUGCACCACAAAAUGUUUGAAAUAACAUAAAUAAUAGUUAUAUUUUGUUGUUGUAUCCUAAUGAAUAGAAAAAUUGUAUUUCUAACGUCUCGUGACUUAGUGUAAGCCACUUCUACAGAGUAAAUAAAUAACCUACAUUAAAUUAACACAAGUACUACAACAAAAAAUAUAUUUUCAUAGUUGAAAGCGUUAGUCAAUUGUGAAGCUAGACCACCAGGGAAAACCUGGAUGCACUGGACGGCCGCUUCGUCCUAUUGUGGGACUCCUCAGCAGUAAGCAUCCAAGUUUUCAAUUUAUAUGUACAUGUUAUUUAUGAGAAAUCUGAGCAAAAAUUAAUUCAGAUUUGUAGUCCAUAGCAGGAAAAUUAAGUACAAUGAUGUACUAGAAUGUGACACAUAAGUUGAAUUACUUUUGUAAAAAAGGGAGGAUAGUCAUGUAUUUAUCUUAAACUUGGUACAUUAGUUUGGAUUUAUAACUGUAGAACCUGAUGCGAACUUAUUGUGAAGAAUAUUCUUCGUCCAUAUAUCUGAGUUUUUAAUAAUGAAGUAUCACUCAAUAUAAGACAUAAUUUCAUUAGAAAUAUAACUAAGGUUUGAUUAGUUAAGAACAUAACACAAAAGAUCACUUUUGACUUCCAUUUUGAGCCAUGCUUAAUAGCAUCUCUAACACGUUUGUAUACUUAGUUGAUUAUUUCCAAUGAACGAGAUUACUUCUCUUAUCUUUCUCUUCUUUACCUCAUAACUUAAUUGAGGAGCUUGUAUAGAAGCUGUUUCUGGUAAAAAUCUUCCGGAAGGAUGAAAUUACAUCCAAGUUUAUUCAGUUAUAUACCUAUUAGUUAAAGGAUUAUUAACUAUCAAAAUUUAUUAAACUGAGUAAUACCUAUAAACUUAUCAUCAGCAUUACUUACGGUGUAUUGCUACCGCAUGGGACUAAUCGUCUCAAGAACUCAUUGAGGAUCAUCCGUUUAGAGAGUCCAUUUCCCGCAGACUAGGAGUUGAACUUCUCGCAUCAAUUAUUUAUGCAUCUAGUCUCUUACACACAGGCUGACGUUCCAACAGCUGCAAAGAAGGUUCAAUAAUCAGUUAAAGCUGUAUGUGUGGUUUCUGUUGGAAACUUUUGUUACAAGUUCUACGAAGUAUAUGGUUCCUACAUGAACAUCCUAUUUAACUCAUAACACUUGUCUAAUAUAAUUCUAUCUUCGAUUAUUGUUCAAAUGUUAUCUAACUUAACUGAAAAUUAUUUUGUUAUUAAAAAAUGUAUCAUCUGUAUAUUUUAACAUUAGGUAUACAGUAUAUUGCUAGAAAACUUGGAAUUGAUUGUGCAGAAGCUGUUGUUGGUUGGACAUUUCAUGGUAGUGGUUGGGCUCAUCCAAAUAUAAAAGGUUAUGUUGUUUGUAAAGAGUCUGUACCAGUUCUUAUUGAUGCAUGGCGUACAGAACAAAUGAAUGCAGCAAAAUUAGAGCAUGAAGAACGAAUAGAACGUGUGCUAAAAAACUGGAAACGAUUAGUUCGUGGACUUUUCAUAUGGCAUCGAGUUAAAGCACAAUUCGCUUUAGCUCCGUUGCAUAAUAAACAGACUACUGUUGAG